GUCGGAGGAGAAACGGAGAAGCGGAGCAAGCAAAUGUGAAGCGGUCGUCAAAAUGGCUGCCUCAGAUAGCAAAGCUCCGCUAAGAACGGUCAAAAGAGUGCAGUUUGGGAUUCUUAGCCCAGAUGAAAUUAGACGUAUGUCUGUCACAGAAGGGGGCAUCCGUUUUCCAGAAACCAUGGAAGCGGGUCGCCCCAAGCUAUGCGGUCUCAUGGACCCCCGACAGGGUGUCAUAGACAGAAAUUCCAGAUGCCAGACUUGUGCUGGUAACAUGACAGAAUGUCCAGGACAUUUUGGGCACAUAGACCUGGCCAAGCCAGUCUUCCAUGUAGGAUUCAUCACAAAAACCAUCAAGAUACUGAGAUGUGUGUGUUUUUUCUGCAGUAAAUUGUUAGUCAGUCCGAACAACCCGAAAAUCAAAGAAGUCGUGAUGAAAUCCAAAGGCCAACCUAGGAAACGUCUCGCCUUCGUCUACGACCUGUGCAAGGGCAAGAACAUCUGCGAGGGCGGCGACGAGAUGGACGUUGGCAAAGAGGGUGGGGGGGAGGACCAAGGAAAAAAACAGGGACACGGCGGGUGCGGCCGAUACCAGCCGAACAUCCGAAGGGCCGGCUUGGAUUUGUCGGCCGAGUGGAAGCACGUCAACGAGGACACGCAGGAGAAAAAGAUCGCCCUGUCGGCGGAGCGGGUGUGGGAGAUAUUGAAGCAUAUCACUGACGAGGAGUGUUUCAUUCUUGGCAUGGACCCCAAAUUCGCUCGCCCCGACUGGAUGAUCGUCACCGUCCUGCCCGUUCCCCCACUCUCCGUCCGCCCCGCAGUCGUAAUGUUCGGCUCGGCGCGUAAUCAAGACGAUUUGACGCACAAGCUGGCCGACAUCAUCAAGUCAAACAACGAGCUUCAGAAAAACGAAGCUGCUGGCGGGGCGGCCCACAUUAUCACUGAGAACGUCAAAAUGCUGCAGUUCCACGUCGCCACGUUGGUUGACAACGAUAUGCCGGGCAUGCCGAGGGCAAUGCAAAAAUCUGGAAAACCCCUGAAAGCACUCAAAUCCCGUUUGAAGGGUAAGGAGGGCAGAAUCAGAGGCAACCUUAUGGGAAAACGUGUGGACUUUUCUGCACGUACCGUCAUCACUCCCGAUCCCAAUUUACGUAUCGAUCAAGUAGGAGUACCGAGAAGUAUCGCACAAAACAUGACUUUCCCCGAAAUCGUCACACCAUUCAAUUUCGAGAAGAUGUUGGAGUUGGUUCAGAGAGGUAAUUCUCAGUAUCCUGGGGCAAAAUAUAUCAUCAGAGACAAUGGAGAACGUAUAGAUUUGAGGUUUCAUCCAAAACCCUCAGAUUUACAUCUACAGUGUGGAUACAAGGUCGAGAGACACAUCAGAGAUGGCGACUUGGUGAUUUUCAAUCGUCAGCCCACCCUCCACAAAAUGAGUAUGAUGGGUCACAGGGUUAAAGUCUUGCCUUGGUCCACUUUCCGCAUGAACUUGUCUUGCACGUCUCCCUACAAUGCCGAUUUCGAUGGUGACGAAAUGAACUUGCACGUGCCACAGAGUAUGGAAACUAGAGCAGAGGUGGAAAACCUGCACAUCACCCCCCGCCAGAUCAUCACGCCGCAGGCCAACAAACCCGUCAUGGGUAUCGUGCAGGACACUCUAACCGCCGUCAGGAAGAUGACCAAACGCGACGUCUUCAUCGAAAAGGAGCAGAUGAUGAACCUGCUCAUGUUCUUGCCCAUAUGGGACGGCAAGAUGCCGCGACCUGCCAUCCUCAAGCCGAAACCGCUGUGGACGGGCAAGCAGAUCUUCUCGCUGAUCAUACCCGGUAACGUGAACAUGAUCAGGACGCAUUCUACGCACCCCGACGACGAGGACGAGGGACCGUACAAGUGGAUAUCCCCCGGGGAUACCAAGGUCAUGGUGGAGCACGGCGAGCUGGUCAUGGGGAUUUUGUGCAAGAAGACGUUGGGGACGUCGGCAGGUUCUUUACUUCAUAUUUGUAUGUUGGAACUUGGACAUGAGGUGUGCGGCAGAUUCUAUGGUAACAUUCAAACUACAAUCAACAAUUGGCUACUGCUCGAAGGUCACAGUAUCGGUAUUGGCGACACGAUCGCCGAUCCUCAAACCUAUACCGAAAUCCAGAAGGCGAUCAAGAAGGCCAAAGAGGAUGUAAUAGAAGUGAUCCAGAAGGCGCACAACAUGGAACUGGAACCGACGCCCGGUAACACUUUACGUCAAACUUUCGAGAACCAGGUGAACAGGAUCCUCAACGACGCCCGUGACAAGACCGGAGGCUCUGCUAAGAAAUCUCUAACAGAGUACAACAACUUGAAGGCUAUGGUGGUGUCGGGUGCCAAGGGGUCCAACAUCAACAUUUCUCAGGUCAUUGCCUGCGUGGGCCAACAGAACGUCGAGGGCAAACGUAUCCCGUUCGGCUUCCGAAAGCGCACCCUACCCCACUUCAUCAAGGACGAUUACGGUCCCGAAUCGAGGGGCUUCGUCGAAAAUUCCUACCUGGCCGGUCUCACACCCUCCGAGUUCUACUUCCACGCGAUGGGGGGGCGAGAGGGGCUUAUCGAUACUGCCGUAAAGACGGCCGAGACGGGGUAUAUUCAGCGAAGGCUCAUCAAGGCUAUGGAGAGUGUUAUGGUCCAUUAUGACGGGACGGUGAGGAAUUCCGUCGGGCAGCUUAUCCAGUUGAGAUAUGGCGAGGACGGGCUGUGCGGAGAAAUGGUGGAAUUCCAGACCCUGCGCACAGUCAAAUUGAGUAACAAAGCGUUCGAAAGGAAGUUCAGAUUCGAUCCGAGCAACGAACGCUACCUGCGUCGCGUGUUCGGCGAGGAGGUCAUCAAGCAGAUCAUGGGCUCGGGAGAGGUCAUCUCCGAGCUGGAAAGAGAAUGGGAACAACUACAAAAGGACAGAGAAGCGAUGCGACAGAUCUUCCCCAGCGGCGAAUCGAAAGUCGUCUUGCCCUGCAACCUGAACCGCAUGAUCUGGAACGUCCAAAAAAUUUUCCAUAUCAAUAAGCGCGCGCCGACCGACCUGUCGCCCCUGCGUGUUAUACAAGGUGUUCGAGAACUGCUGAAGAAGUGCGUGAUCGUGGCUGGGGACGAUCGGCUGUCGCGGCAGGCCAACGAGAACGCCACGUUGCUGUUCCAGUGCCUGGUGAGGUCGACUUUGUGCACGAAAUGCGUUUCUGAGGAGUUUCGGCUCAGUACUGAGGCUUUCGAGUGGUUGAUUGGAGAAAUCGAGACCAGAUUUCAGCAGGCGCAAGCCAACCCCGGCGAGAUGGUGGGCGCCCUCGCCGCCCAAUCCUUGGGCGAACCCGCCACCCAGAUGACGCUCAACACCUUCCAUUUCGCCGGCGUGUCCUCGAAGAACGUAACCCUCGGGGUGCCCCGGCUCAAGGAGAUCAUCAACAUAUCGAAGAAGCCGAAAGCGCCCUCGCUCACCGUCUUCCUGACGGGGGCGGCUGCUAGAGACGCGGAAAAGGCGAAGAACGUGCUGUGCAGACUGGAACACACCACCCUGCGUAAAGUGACGGCCAACACGGCCAUCUACUAUGACCCCGAUCCGCAAAACACCGUCAUCACUGAGGACCAGGAGUUCGUCAACGUCUACUACGAAAUGCCCGACUUCGACCCCACCAGAAUUUCCCCCUGGUUGCUCCGUAUCGAACUGGACAGGAAGCGGAUGACAGACAAGAAGCUGACGAUGGAGCAGAUCGCCGAAAAGAUCAACGCUGGUUUUGGGGACGAUCUGAAUUGUAUUUUCAACGAUGACAAUGCGGAGAAGUUGGUGUUGCGCAUCAGGAUCAUGAAUAGCGAUGACGGGAAGUUCGGCGAAGGCGCCGACGAGGACGUGGACAAAAUGGACGACGACAUGUUCCUGCGGUGCAUCGAGGCGAACAUGCUCAGCGACAUGACGCUGCAGGGCAUCGAGGCCAUAGCCAAGGUGUACAUGCAUCUGCCGCAAACCGAUUCCAAGAAGCGGAUCGUGAUCACGGAGACGGGCGAGUUCAAGGCGAUCGCCGAAUGGCUGCUGGAGACGGACGGCACCAGCAUGAUGAAGGUGUUGUCGGAGAGGGACGUCGAUCCUGUGCGGACGUUCUCCAACGAUAUCUGCGAGAUUUUCUCGGUAUUGGGCAUCGAGGCGGUACGUAAAUCUGUGGAAAAAGAGAUGAACGCCGUCCUGCAGUUCUACGGCCUGUACGUCAACUACCGCCAUCUGGCGUUGCUGUGCGACGUGAUGACGGCCAAAGGUCACUUGAUGGCCAUCACGCGUCACGGUAUCAACAGACAAGAUACAGGGGCGCUCAUGAGGUGCUCGUUCGAGGAGACGGUGGACGUCUUGAUGGACGCAGCCAGCCACGCCGAGGUGGACCCGAUGCGCGGCGUCUCCGAGAACAUCAUAAUGGGCCAGCUGCCGCGCAUGGGCACCGGCUGUUUCGACCUGUUGCUCGACGCCGACAAGUGCAAGCAGGGCAUGCCGAUCGCGCAGGCGCACGGCGCCGACCUCCUCAACGCCGGCAUGUUCUUCGGCUCGGCGGCGACGCCGAGCAGCAUGAGCCCCGGCGGAGGCGCCGGCGGCGUCAUGACGCCGUGGAACCAGAUCGGGACGCCGUACGUGGGCAGCGCUUGGUCGCCGCAAAACAUGAUGGGCAGCGGUAUGACACCCGGCGGAGCAGCUUUCUCGCCCUCUGCCGCCUCAGACGCUUCAGGGAUGUCUCCGGCAUACGGAGCGUGGUCUCCGACUCCACAAUCUCCUGCCAUGUCACCAUAUCUGGCAUCUCCGCACGGACAAUCCCCAUCCUACAGCCCAUCGAGUCCCGCUUUCCUACCCACCUCUCCCUCUAUGACCCCCACCUCACCAGGCUAUUCACCCAGCUCGCCCGGUUAUUCCCCCACCAGCCCCAACUACAGUCCUACGAGUCCUAGUUACUCCCCCACCAGUCCUAGCUAUUCUCCCACGAGUCCUAGUUACUCUCCCACUAGUCCUAGUUACUCCCCCACGAGCCCUAGUUACUCUCCUACGAGUCCUAGCUACUCCCCCACGAGUCCUAGUUACUCCCCAACGAGUCCUAGUUACUCCCCCACGAGUCCUAGUUACUCUCCCACGAGUCCUAGCUACUCUCCUACCAGUCCUAGCUACUCACCCACGAGUCCUAGUUACUCUCCCACCUCUCCGAAUUACUCUCCUACUUCGCCGAGUUAUUCUCCCACUUCGCCGAGUUAUUCUCCCACGUCUCCCAACUACAGUCCUACUUCUCCGAGCUAUUCUCCGUCCUCGCCGAGAUACACGCCCGCUUCUCCAAGUUAUUCUCCCACUUCGCCGAGUUACUCUCCGAGUUCUCCGCAAUAUUCGCCGGCGUCUCCGAGUUAUUCUCCCUCGUCGCCGAAAUAUUCGCCGACGAGUCCCAGCUACUCUCCGACAUCGCCGUCCUUUUCGGGAGGCAGUCCGCAGUACUCUCCCACGAGUCCUAGUUACUCUCCUACGAGUCCUAGUUAUUCCCCCUCGAGUCCGCAGCACACUCCGGCCGCCAGUUCGAGGUACUCGCCGAGUUCUCCCAACUAUUCUCCCAGUUCUCCUAGUUACUCUCCCACCUCGCCGCAGUAUUCGCCGCACAGCACCAAGUAUUCCCCCACGAGUCCUACUUAUACUCCUACGAGUCCUAGUUACUCGCCGGCGUCGCCUGCUUACUCUCCCGCUCCUCCUAGAUAUUCUCCUAGUUCGCCUAGUUAUUCUCCUACCAGUCCGGGACAAGAAAACGAGUAAUUCCAAAGAUGUAAGUUUUUUUUUCUGUCCUCGAUGUUAAGGUUAUUUUAUAUUGUUUACUGGUAUAUUGAUUACCCCAUAAAAAAAUGAAAAAUGAAAUAUAUAUUUUUCUGUAUAAUUGACUGGAAAUGCAAAAUACUGGUUUUGGUUAUUUGCAGACAGUAGAAAUAAGUUUUUGUAUAAGAAUAGAUAAUAUAGAGUAUUUCAGUCUGUACAUAAAUCUAUAAUUAUUCUUCUAAUUAGUUUGUUUGUAUGAUGUAGGAAGGUUAUAUUGUUCUAUUUUUAAUAAAAUGAAAAAGGCAUAAAUUCUUGAAAUUUAUUAAUCAAAUAGUACUGAUAUACAUAAUUGAGAAAAGAAGUAUCACAAAUAAAUUGCACGAAUUGUAAAUCUUGAGUUGCUUAAAUUAAACUUUUCCCCAUUAAUAAUUACCCUGUUCAUUCUUCGAAACAAUCAUUAAAAGCAUCGUUUUGCGAUUAUUUGAGAAUAAAAUGGACAUUUUGAAUUGGACGAUUCUCAAGUAGUUCUAGCACUUCUAGCUAUUGAAUUUUUUUAAUCAACUACUGUGUGUCCCACAGCACCACCCUUAUAUUUCCAUAUUCGUUGUCCGAUUUUAAACUUUCCAACUACGAUCGAUUAAAAAUACGAAACAAAUGCAAUCAUUCAUCUUUUUUUAUCGACAAAUAAAUAAAUUGGAGUUCCCUUCUUGAAUAGACUGUCAGCCGACCUAGUACAACUGAUGAGGAUUGGAAAACCGAAACAGUAUUUCUUGCAACAGCCAAUUGAUUCACAAAAUUUAUGUUUUUGAUGUGAAAGAUAUCUUCCUGAAAAUAGUGCCAUAAGAGUAUAGAAUACUCAAGAAUGUGGAACCUGAUGGGUACAACAUUUUGGGAAAAUCAAAAUUUGAAAUCGGUCAACGAUUAAGAAAUCACAAUUGUGGUCAGACACACACUGUAUAUUUUCCAAUUUCGUUGGAGGGAAUGAAAAAAGUAUUGGAGUAUGUUGUUAAAGUACAGAUUCUGCUUAUGAAUCGUAACUUACACUUACACUACUAGAAUUUGUAAAUAAAUAACAUCAAGAGAUCGUAUUGGCCGGCAUGGUUGAUAAAACGACUGAAAAUAUUGAGACUUGGGCUUGCAAUAUCACACGAAAGUGGCACAUAUUGUGAAUUAGAUCUAAGAAAUGGUUCAAAAAGUGUUCAAACUUGAAUUUUGACUUGCUUUUGUUGAAGAAUCUUGAUCCUUGUAUUUUUUGAACAAGGAUUUUCUCCCAUCAGGUGAUUUCUCCAGCAGUUUUCUUCUAGUUCCAAAUUUUCGUGGCACAGAGGGCAUCUAAUGCAACUUUCAGU